AUGACCUCAGCUCAAGAUCUUGCUUUCACCACAUUAUACUGUGUCAUAGUUUUUCUCGGAGUCAUAGGAAACGUGGUCGUAAUUACAAUCGUGCGCAAAAUGCCGUCAAUGCACACAACAACAAAUUAUCUGUUGAUGAACUUAGCUUUGGCAGAUCUGCUAACUUUGUUGCUCUGCCCCGGGCUUUAUGAUUUUGCUUUGACAAACGUCCGUAUUCAAGGCCUCUCAGGACAUGUGAUUUGCAAGUUGUUUGCUGGAAAUGCCGUAGUUCCAGUUACCAUUAACGUAGCUGUUCUGACAGUUUGUACGAUUGCAGUGGAAAGAUAUCUGGCUCUGGUAAAGCCUCUUCGUAAUUUAAGAUUAACUAAAGACACCGUUGGAUAUGUCAUAGCUCUGCUUUGGCUCAUUGCUUUGUUAUCCUGCGUACCAGAUAUCCAAGCCAACACGUUUGACACUGAGUCCAACAAAUAUCCAUGCAAACGCCCUUGGAGUUUGGAUGAGUACUCCCUUCACAAGCCUUUCAUUAUUUUCACGUGUGUUUGUUUUGGUUUUGUCAGCUCCCUUGUACUAUUAGCUUGCUAUUUUGAAAUAAUUCGUGGCUUGUAUUUUACCAAAACCAUCUGCUCGGAGUCUGUUGGCACGGAAGCAGAAAGGAAAGCAAAGAAGCAACUGGCCUCCCUUCUUAUACGACUAACUGUAAUAUUCAUUGUUUGUACGCUACCGUUUUCCAUCUACUUCAUGUUCUUGACUUUUCUUGGUGCAAAUUUUGUUCAAGAUAACUAUGAAAAACUGUAUAUUGUUCAUAGACUGGCUCGUUUUCUUCUUUUCUCAAAUUCGUUUUGUAAUCCCUUGCUUUACGCAUUACAAAGCUCUAAUUUUCGAGAUGGGUUCAAGCGAAUUUUUAAAUUUAAUUAAAACUCUGUAAGAUUUUUAUUCUUGAUUUCUCCUGCAAUCCGAAUGCAAUUAGUUUUUUUUAUCUCUCUUACGCAAAUUAGUAUUAUCUUGUUAACAUUUCAAAGUUAUGAAAAGUUUAAGUCUUGAUUGUUAUGUAUCUCAUAGUCCUAGAGGUCGAAGAAUUUUCCUUGUAAGUGAUCUUUUUUGUCAAGUUUGAUUAUUAUUUGAUUUGAGAUAAUAAUAGUGAUCAUAAUAAUUAUUGAUAAUGAUAAUAAUAAUAGCAUUAAUAAUAAUAAUAAUAAUAAUAAUAAUAAUAAUAAUAAUAAUAAUAAUAAUAAUAAUAAUAAUAAUAAUAACAAUAAUAAGAUUUCGACCGUCUGAACUACGUCACGGUCUACGGUCUUCAACAGGCGAAAUCAUUUCGCCCGUUUCGGUUGUAGGCCGUAGUUCAGCUGGUCGAAAGUAUCUAUUUUUUAAACAUUUCUAGCCAAAAAUUUAUUUCUGCUUGUAGUGAUAGUGAUGUCCUGAAGUAAAUUGAACCAAGAUUGGUCAACUUUGUACUCCAGAUUCAGAAUUCUUUUCAAAUGUAUUUGCGGCUAUUACAGCCAAUUUGCAAAAGCUCGUCACCGGUUUCAAUUCGUCACUUUACCAUAAAUGAUACAUAACAAAAUAACAAGUUGCAUAGAAAUACAAAUGACAGACGUACAACAACAACAGUAAAUUAAAAGAACUCAGGAACUAAAAGUGAGGAAGAAAAGACACUUAAACUGUUGUAUGACUUGACCUCGAUCGAGGAAGAAACGGUAGAGAUUUACUGAUUAGAAACGAAAUCAAUGUUAAAUGCAAAUGCCUCGAAGUCAACCACUUUCAAGACUUGCACUACAAAUGAUCUUAAAAAAUUCAAGCAAAAAGCGUGUGUAAACAAUAGGGCAUAGGGUCCAAACAAACAAAACAGUAAAUAAGAAUGUACGAAACAAUGUUCUUGGCAUUUUAACUAGAACACGGGAACCUAUUGCUGGAAUGCGGGAACGCCUUCGAAAAAGCACUAAUCUUUCCCGUUGCUCGUUUUUAAUCAGGCCGACACGCUAUAUGAACCUAUUCAGACCAAGUUUUCGUUUGCUUCCUGCAAUCAGGGGUUAGGGGAAGGGGUUCUCCGGAGAUCCUUCAAUUUCUGGACAUAACUUGAUUGACACAAUGACGUAAUAUGACGUCAUUAUGACUUCAUAUUAUUUAACUUAUAUGGCAGAAUCUAAAUUUGAUAAAAAGGUGUUUGAUAAAAUCAAGAAGUUGCCCAACAUAUAAAUAAUCUUUAACAAUAGCUGUGAUGAUAAAAUCAUUCAUUUUUAAAUAGAACUGCAACAAUACGCCAUCUUGGAUUCGCCAAGUGUAUUCCGGCCAGUUUACUUAAAACCCCAGUAAAUCGAGGAAUUUUUAAAAGAAAAUUUGAUACGAGCAUAAACAGAUGCUUAGAGAGCGAAAUACCUCUACAAAAUGUGAAAUUCCCAGAGAAAUGAUCAAACUAGUCACUAAAAAGCCUAGAUUUCUUUAACAGUUAUAAUAUUUUUGAUAAGACAAUGCUGAAUUAAGUGUGAUAUAAUAAUUUCAUCAAUAAAGAUAAGGGGUAACACCUAUUUUUAUAAAAAAUGCAAAUUUUGAAAAACAUGGUGGUCAAAACUAGGGUUGCCACAGUAACGUUAAUGUUGGCAUACACGUCUCGGUGACUUUAAAAUGUUCCCAGAUAAAUUUUAGGAAAAGUCGCUAAGUUUGGUGGUCAUAGCUUAAACUGUUUUGAAGUUAUUCAACUUUCUCGUGAGUGGUGCUGCAAAAGCCCACCCGGGUAUGAAUAGGGUUAAAAGACGUAAAGCAAGAACAGCAAAAAUGUAAAACUCCGUGGGCACGUUUUAAAAUUCUUCAGAACCGUCACAGCAGGUUUUUUUUUUUUUGUCAAGUUUGAAAAUAUCUUAAUCAGGUAAUUGUCCGGGCUCAUGCAUUUCUCAAUCAGAUUUGAAUGGGGGAAUAGACUUUUUCAGCAUACAUGUUUUGUUAUCCUAUUUCAGAGCAUGUGAUGUUACCCCAUGCAGAGAACUGUUUCCUUCAAAUGUCGCGGUAUCCAUCUGCACAUGUCUAACGAUAAAAGGAGAAUACCCUUGAGAACAUUACGUCUCUGAAAGUUUGAAAAAAUAUACAAGCAAAAAGGUCUAUUUCUUUCUUAUACCUUUAAUUAUAUCUAAAAUAAAAUAACUAGACGGAUAUGGCGUUAAUCUUGUGGAAAACAGAUAUAGAAUCAUGAGCUAAAUGUUCCUGGCUUAAGACUUAAACUAAAGAAAUGAUUGAUUGACUGUUUCAUAGAAUAACAGAUUAAUUGAUUCACUCACUGACUGACUGACCGGAAUGGCCGAUAAAUGAUGAAUAGGCCGCAGUUUUAAAAAAUAGGGUCUAUCCUAGUUGUCGCUCACUCAACGCUUCUCAGUUAAAAAGAUAGUUUGUGAAUUUUAAAUAGCUUUUGGUACACUGAAAACAGUAUUGUUUUACUAAAAACCCUUUUCUGUCGUGAUUAUACUUUUAAAUGUCGUCAAUGUCACUACCUCAAAACGCCUGUGUGUAGAUGACAGCUGAAUAGCACACAUAUGUUCGGUAAUUCGAUUGUUUUCAAUGCUUCAAGAUCCUUUCAUUCAACCCACACGUUCCUACUUAAUCCAUGAAGCUUGACGAAUACUUAUUUUAAGUAGACAAUAAUAUAUAGAUUUCGCCAGAGCUAAAAGCGAAGCUCCCAUUAAUAAAUUUGUAAUUUAUUAAUACAAUAAACUUGUAUUCCACAAAUCAGUUAACUUUAGAACAAAUUCAUGUGACUUUUGAGGGAUGGAGAGGCUAUUUAGUGGUUUCAGAGAAAACUAAUUUGCAAACAGUCCAAGAGAGAGCCAAACCUUACAUCGAGUUGAUAGCCUUAAAAUAGCAAUCAUCUUCGAUCACAUUUAAGAGCCAUAAUGGCUCUUCAUCACAGUAGAUUAGACCUGAAAAAGACUAAUUUUUGGAAAACAAAUCAUUCCGAAUUUUUGCGUUCGACAAUUACUUUACAAAAUCUUGCAAACAAAUUUGGGGGCGUGUAAACCAACCUUUUACAUUUUUUAUACAUCCCAUCAGGGGUAAAACAGUACUACGAGGCGCUGUUUUUAUCACAAAGACCUCGGACAGAAUGCAGUAUUUCACAAUUUUGAAAUACAAAUUGCACUCAUUCAAUAUUUAGGACGAUCGAAGCGCGCGUGGGCUUUUAGCGAAACCGCUAAAAUUUUUCAAAAUCACCUAUACGGCCAACCGGUUGCGAGCUGUGGAGUGUUUGAAUGAACAUUAAUAGAGUUACGCUUCAACAUAAUAAAGAAUUUAUCAUGUUUACUUUUUAUUUAGUGGUUUUAUAACGAUGUGUAAUCUUCAAAAGCGUUUGAUACGCGCGGCAUUUUGAGUACUACUGCAAGCGAUGUUCCUGAACAACUGAAAACAAACGGCACAGCGAUUAAAAUUGCAAGAGAGACUACUGACAAUCAAUAAAAGAAAUAUAAUUUUGUGAAACAUAUCCAGAGACAACAAUUUUCAUUCACGAAGACAAGAAUUAAAGUGUCUCUAAAAAUCCUGAGUCUUCAAGCUUAAAGCUUAAGUAUAUGUUUUAAGCCGGCUUCACGGUGUUUGCUUUUUUCAAAGAUGAACUCGAGGCAAGAAAAUCGCUCAAAGCUUUCUUUUACAGCCAGAAUUAUAACUAAAUAUUCUUUGGGACGUUUUCUUUCUAUUUGCGGUGAGAAAAUGUCUAAAGGCCUUUUAAAGUUCUGUAAGCCUAUAUCGAACCUGAUACCCGGUCAGAUCAUUGUCUCAGAUCUUACAAACGUCUAUAAACUAAAUAGCCGCAUAAACUACGCUCGACAUUGCUUAUGUAAAAAAACAAACAUCAAAUGCAGUAAUUACUCAGGUUUACCAUUCAAGAUGCAUCUCCUGGAAGCUAUCAAGUAAGGCCGGAAUCGCUUCAGACUUUCCAACCCUCUUACGCGUCAAGCAAGGUGAAAAACGAAAACGAUGCCAUCCGAAAUCAGAUUCCCGACUUUGACGAGCGACGAAUUUCGCAACCAAAAACCCAAUAAACAAAUUAGCCAUGAAUAACAGAAGACUAUUGAUAGCAGCUGAAUUUCAUUUUGUACAUCCAGUAGAAAAAGACAGUUAAAAACAUCACAAGUUGACACAAAACUCUGUCAGCUUCAGCUGUCAAAGUAAGCAAGUUUCAAGAUGCUGCAUAAAUUUCCNCCAGAGAAAACAAUUUUCAUUCACGAAGACAAGAAUUAAAGUGUCUCUGAAAAUCCUGAGUCUUCAAGCCGGUUUCACGGUGUUUGCUUUUUUCAAAGAUGAACUCGAGGCAAGAAAAUCGCUCAAAGCUUUCUUUUACAGCCAGAAUUAUAACUAGAUAUUCUUUGGGACGUUUUCUUUCUAUUUCCGGUGAGAAAAUGUCUAAAGGCCUUUUAAAGUUCUGUAAGCCUAUAUCGAACCUGAUACCCGGUCAGAUCAUUGUCUCAGAUCUUACAAACGUCUAUAAACUAAAUAGCCGCAUAAACUACGCUCGACAUUGUUUAUGUAAAAAAACAAACAUCAAAUGCAGUAAUUACUCAGGUUUACCAUUCAAGAUGCAUCUCCUGGAAGCUAUCAAGUAAGGCCGGAAUCGCUUCAGACUUUUCAACCCUCUUACGCGUCAAGCAAGGUGAAAAACGAAAACGAUGCCAUCCGAAAUCAGAUUCCCGACUUUGACGAGCGACGAAUUUCGCAACCAAAAACCCAAUAAACAAAUUAGCCAUGAAUAACAGAAGACUAUUGAUAGCAGCUGAAUUUCAUUUUGUACAUCCAGUAGAAAAAGACAGUUAAAAACAUCACAAGUUGACACAAAACUCUGUCAGCUUCAGCUGUCAAAGUAAGCAAGUUUCAAGAUGCUGCAUAAAUUUCCACAUGAACUAAUCUGUCAAAUUUUAACCAAUCAGAGCUUAAAAAUUGGACGUAGAGCGUGACCAACGCGUGACCAUUGUGAGAAAAGUCAAAAGCAACUGUGUUCCCUGCCUGUACCUGUGUGCGGUUGGGUCCACAGUAAUUGGCCUAAGCUGUUGCGCUUUCCCUGCCCAAAUUAUUUAAGUUAUUAUUAGUGUAUUGCUACGUUCUUAUUACUAGUAUUUGCAUAUCUUCAGUUUUUUUUUUGUAUUCAUCAGGGCAAAGCUAAUAAAAUAAAAUAAAUAAAACAAUAGAUAAACACAACAUAUUUAAUAUGAAUUUUAAAACAAUUAAACUUGAGCCUUCGAUCAUUUGAAAACUAGUAACUUGUCGGCGGAUAACUUCAAAAAUACUCGACCUCGAUGGGUCGACACCUGAGCGCCCGAUACGGUCGGCGUACGGUAAAGUGAUUACCAAAUUUUCAGGGAUGGGUAGAUUUACUUAGCUAUGGGGCUUCGCUAGCGCGGUUCGCGCGCGUCGAGCUCUGCUGUUACGAUUUUUGCCUCAAUAUUCAGGUUCCAUAUGACCUUGAUUAAUAAUGAAGCUGUCUUGGUGACCCUGGCAGAAGAUUCAAAGGGAUGGCAACAGAAUUAUGAGUAACAACACUAAUUUCAUUACUACCGUAGACAUAGUGUUUGCCUCAUUGUACUCUUUCAUUGUAUUCUUUGGUGUUGUGGGAAACGUUAUCAUAAUCACCAUCGUGCGUAAAACGCCAUCAAUGCACACGACAACAAACUUUUUACUGACGAACUUGGCGGUGGCAGAUCUGAUAAGUCUACUAUUUUGCCCUGGAUUUUAUGACUUUGCGUUAAAAAGCGUCAGUUUAAGUCAACCUAUCGGAGACUUUGUUUGCAAGAUUUUCGUAGGAAAUGCGGUUCUCUCUAUAACUAUACUAGAGUCCAUCUUUAUGUUGGUUGUUGUUGCUGUUGAAAGAUACGUUGCACUAGUUAAACCGUUUCAAACAAACUCAAGACUCAGGAAAGAAAACGUUAGUUUCGCCAUUGCAGCUACAUGGACGUUAGCUACACUUGUCUGUAUACCAGGAAUAUUAUCCAACAAUUAUGACGAAAGAGCUGAAAAAUAUCCAUGUAAUCGACCUUGGACUCUCAAUAAUCUGGAGGGUUUAAAAAAGGCCUACAUAAGCGUGUUCUGUUUGGUAUUUAUGAUAGUUCCCGCUGUGGUUAUAUUAUUUUGUUAUUUACGUAUUUUCUACGGAGUUUACUUCUUGGGGGAUAUAUAUCGAGAACGCACAGGUGAUGUGGAGGAGAAGGAAUCCAGAAAACACCUUCUUAAAUUGCUUGCAUCUCUCGUAGCAGCCUUUGUAAUCUGCUGCAUGCCAUUCGCUGUAUUUUUCUUGUAUGUUAGUUUUGUUUCACAGGUUACGAUAAUCGAAAACUUUGACACACUUCACCUGAUCCACAAAACAGUUCGUUUUCUCCUCAUUCUUAACUCUUUCGUAAAUCCUCUUCUCUACGCCGCACAAAGCCCAAAUUAUAGACAGGGAUUUAAAAGAUUAUUUUGCUGUCUUUCUAGAGAAAAUACAAAUAAAGGAAGAAAUGAUUUGGAAAUGAAAAAU